AUGUCAGAAACGUUAAAUCACAAGCUUGUGCUUAGAAUACCCUUUGAGACCAAUAAGCAAUCCGAAAUAGCAUGCAACUCGUUAAAUCCUGACCCAAUAUUGAAAUCUCGAGAACUUGAUGUAGAAUUUGAAAUUGAUAAAAAUACUUUGGUGUGCAAAUUCUCUGGAACAAGCGAUAGAGUUAUAAGAGUUGCGAUAAGCAAUGUCAUAGACAAUAUAAAGACAAUAAUAGAGUGUAUGGAUGAGUUUGAUGAGAAGAAGGAAGUCAUAUUCACCUAA